AUGAGCCAGGAUUUCUUGGCCGAGCUGCACUGGGAGGAUGGCUUUGCCAUCCCAGUGGCCAAUGACCACAACAAGGCGCUCGAAAAUAAGUUGCUGAGAAUGCACAAUGAGAGAACAACCCUGCAGGACCAGAUCUCUGACUACGAGGAGAGAAUUCAAGCUAUGAAAAGUCAUUUAAAAAAUGUCAAUCAGGAGUUUUCGUUCACCCAGUCUCUUUGCAGAGCCAAAAAGAAUGAGAUUGAGACAGAAAACCACUUAAAGGCCAUUGCCUUGAGAGAAAUUGGACGAGUGAAGGAUGAGAUUCGCCGAAUGGAACAUGAAAUGAAUGCAUUCAGAGAAAGAAAAUCUGAAAUAGAAAACGCUAUAUUUCAAUCUUCUCAAAAACUGGAGUGUUUGAGAUGUCAGAUGAACUGGGACCAACAAGCUCUGGAGGCAUGGCUAGAGGAGUCUGCUCAUAAAGACAGUGAUGCGUUUGCCCUCCAGAAGUACACCCAACAAGAUGACAGCAAAAUCAGGAGACUAAUGCUUCAGAUAGAAAGACUAACGAUCGAUUGCAAUGAAAAACGGAAGGCACUUGAUGAUGAAUUGACGGAGACACUGUCUGCCCAGAUUGAGCUGGAUAAAGCAGCCCAAGAUUUUCGAAGGGUUCAUGGUGAGAGGAAGGACCUCAUUAAACAGUGGGAGAACACAAUUGAGCAGAUGCAAAAACGAGAUAGAGACAUCGACCACUGUGCUUUGACAUUGGCAACAGUAAAGCAGGACUUAAGAGCCAAAGAAAACAUAAUUAAGGAAAAGAUCAAAUUCUUGGAGAAUGAGGUUGAAAACAAUGCAGAGUAUGAGAAGAAAAUCACACUCGCUGAUCGUAAAGCUUUGAAACUUCGACUAGAGUAUCAAAGUUGUGAUGCCAGUCGAGCACAGCUCCAGGAUGAGCUGGACACUCUCAAAGCCACAGUGACUAGAACUUCACAUGACCUGGAAGCCAUUAGGAGGGAGGUGACGAGUCUGAAGAAAAGAAUUCAAGAAAAGACUGAUACGCUACAUUCCACUCAAGAACAUAAUCGGAUGCUCACUGAAAAACUAAAGGAUCUCACUGACAAAACUAUGAGUUCAGAAGAUAAAGCUAUCAAAAUGGAAACGAUGCUAAGAGAUGAGGAAAAGGCUGUCAAGGAUGUGGAAGAUCAUUUGAGUCGAAUAAAGGAAGUGCUUUUCAAGACUGUUAAGAAAUUACAAAUUGCCGCACAAGAGGAGAGAUCUGUUUUAUCAGAAAUCGAUGGAACCCGUUCCACCAUAAAGAACCUCAACCGCAGGUUAUACAAACUUGAUUUAGAAACCCUGAAGCAGCAAGAGAUCAUGUAUAAUCAGGAUUUUUAUAUUCAACAAAUAGAGAGGCGAAUGUCACGACUCCAGGGAGAACUUAACGUGGAAGAAAAGCUAGACCUUGAAACGAGACUUGCUGACCUUAAAAUCAUUUUUGAUGAGAAAAAGGAAACAUCGGAGCUGUUGGAAAGCCAAAUCAAGAAACUUGAUAAUGACCUCUAUUUUCUCAAGAAGUCAGCAUAUAAAACUGGAGGAGAAAAAGAUGAUCUUUUGAACAAAAUAAGUGAACUCAACCUUUUCAUUGAACGAUCAGAAAAAGAAUUACAGAAAGCCAAAGUCACAAAACGGGACUUGUUGAUUGAAGACAAUCUUCAGAAGCUAGAAGUGAAAAGGAUCCGAGAACUGCUUCACGCCAAAGCAGAUGAAGUCCUUUCCCUGGAGAAACGAAAGCAGCAAUUAUAUACUGCGAUGGAAGAGCGAACUGAAGAAAUCAAGGUUCACAAGGCGAUGCUUUUAUCACAGAUCAGAUAUGUUGACCAAGAACGACAGAGCAUCAGUGCUGAAUUUCACGACCGACUAAGUCAGAUAGAAAAACUGAAGAACAGAUAUGAACUUCUUACAGUGGUCAUGAUGCCUCCUGAAGGAGAAGAAGAAAAAACACAGGCCUACUACGUGAUAAGGGCGGCCCAGACCAAGGAGGAGCUGCAGCGGGAAGGCGAUAGUCUGGACAUGAAGAUCCACAAGGCCGAGAAGGAGAUCUACGCCCUCGAGAACACGCUGCGGGUGCUCAAAACCUGCAACUCCAACUACAAGCAGUCCUUCAAGAAGAUCACGCCGGCCAGUUCUGAAUAUGAAAUAAAAAUUAAGCUAGAAGAACAAAAAAGAAACGUGGAUGAAAAAUACAGAUACAAGAGAAGACAAAUCAGGGAGCUCCAGGAGGAUAUCCAGAGCAUGGAAAACACUUUAGAAGUCUUGAAAAAUCUAAUAAAUAAUUCCAAAGAAAGAUUUGCAGAGAAGCAAGUUUAUGCAAUUGAAUUAAACAGUGAAACUGAAGAGCAGAAGCCCAAAAUAGAGAGAGCUAAGAGACAGUAUUUUAAACUCAGCAAAGAACUCCGUCUUGCGAAGAAUACAGAUGAACCGAUCUUAGAAGAGUAUGAUAUCAGUCUUCGAGAAAUCAAAGACUAUAACAAAUCCAUUGACAGAUUGUUAAUUGACGUUAUGGAAGAUAAUCCUGAUUUAUAUGGCAUCUUCCAAACAUACUUUCAGCAGGUGGGUUUGGAGCUCCCGUCCACGAGCACUCUAAGCAGCCACCGUGCGUCCAGGUCGUCUUCUCAGAGUUCCGUCUCCACAAGGUCACCGAGGACUGCACAUGGUUCAACAGUUUCACCCAAAGUUGUGAAGUUAGAUUUGCCAGUUUCUCCAACAACGAGUUCACUUGCAGAUAGUCCAAGUACUUCCAGUAGUGAGAAAGGGGGAAAAAGCUCAAAGUGAUAUUUUUUUUUGCUCCAAGAUGAAUG